CUGGGGGGGUUGUGGGUGUCAACAGUGACGAGACUCCACCACUACCACCACCACCACCACGACCACGACUACCACCACUCCACCACAACGCCGUCAUGACUUACCAGCUCUACCGCAACACCACGCUGGGGAACACCCUGCAGGAGAGCCUCGAUGAACUCAUACAGUUCCAGCAAAUAUCUCCAAACUUGGCUCUUCGUGUACUUCUGCAGUUUGACCGUGCAAUUAAUAUGGCAUUGGCAAAUAAGGUCCGCGCUCGUAUAAAUUUUAAGGCUAACAAGUUGAACACCUACCGAUUUUGUGACAAUGUUUGGACUUUUUUGAUGACUGAUGUGGAAUUCAAAGAAGUUCAGGACUUUGCACAGGUUGACAAGUUGAAAAUUGUUGCUUGUGACGGCAGAGGUGAGAAAGGUCCUGGCCCUGGAGGUGCUACUGGGGGUGGUGUGACAAGCGACUAGGCACUUGCAUCUUGGUACUGUUAAAAAAAAUAAAAAAAAAAAAAAUAAAAAAUCUGAAAUGUUAGGUAAAGGAUAUAUGUUCGUACAUGGAGUUGUAAUGGUCAGUACAUGUAGUGUUAAACACUGAAUUUGGUAACUUUACAUGAAUUCCUAAAUGGAAAAUGUGUGCUUCUUUUAAGACAAUAAAGACAAUUCACAUGUAUUAUAAUUAGCAUUGAUUUUUGUGUUUUGGUUUAAAUCAUUAUGCUUGUGUAUAAAUAGGUUUAGGCUUUAGUUCCUUAUCUCAAUUUAGUAUUUUAAAUGCGACAAUUGUUUAGUUUAUAAUUUAUGUAUUCUAAUAAUUAGUUCCUGUAUUUUAUUAGCCUGAGGUUAUAUGUAAAUGAUAAUCUAGUAGAGCCCUGUUGCAAAGUCAUUGUAUAACUGAGCAGUUGCAAAGCCCAUUGUAUAUAAUAAACAUUUGAAUUUGU